AUGCGUACCACCUUCUGCCCUCAGCCACGCGGUUUCCGCUUCAGUAACAAGGCAAUAUCUCACCACUUGAAGCUCGAACUCUUCAAGCCUCGUGCGUUCUCGCUGUCCGACACGGUGCGCAAGAACACGAUCGCUGUGUUGCGGACGUUCUGGGCCCUUCGCCAGUUCAGAGACAUACCUGGCCUCGCCGACGACAUCGCUACGCUUCUAGGCUGGCGUUGUCAUCCAAAACACGUCGUUGAGCUGCUGAGACGUCUUUUGGCUGGUCGCGAGGCCUUUCUUGCCAAUCACCAGGGUGCUGGAAGGUAUCGCGGGACAUUCGCGUUCUUGGUUGACCAGUGGCGCGGCUUGAAGCAACGGUCUCUCCUCCUCACCAAGAUGAGAAUCGCCUAUUACCACCAGUGUCUGGCUGCGCUGAAGCACCACCUCGAGAUCGACGCCGCCAAUGCCCUGCGUCUGGGUCCCUUGCCUCCCACCACCAUUGACAUCCUGCCAUCUCCGCCCUCCGAAUCCGACUGGAAGAAGAAGCGCCCCAGUGUGUCAUAUAGCGCUGACUCGGUAGCGCGUCUUCAGAUCGAGAGUGAGCUGGGUCUGGGUGCUGCUGCGCAGACUGCAGCAGUCGCCCAGUACCAGUAA